GACCAGUGUGCCACAGGAGGAAAUAUCGAACAGUUUUGCUCAUCCUUAGACGCGUAUGCUGCAGCAUGUGAAGGUAGAGGUAUAAGUCUGGGAGACUGGAGAGAAGAGACAUUCUGUGCAGCCACCAAUUCCACUGUGGAGCCUUCGACAUCAUUCACUACCACGGACGGGACAGUUCCCCCAGCUCAUUGUAACAUGUCCUGUUCAUUUGACACUGACUUCUGUGACUGGACACAGUCAGUCUCUGACAGCUUGGAUUGGAAACGACACCGAGGGCCAACCUCCUCGCCAAACACAGGACCCUCGUACGACCACACUACAGGAGAUGGUUACUUCAUCUACCUGCAAGGGAGCGAGGCCAGCUCUGGAGCUGUGGCUCACUUGGAGAGCCCUGUGUGCAGUGCCAAUGGAGCCCAUUGUUUCCGCUUCUGGUAUCACAUGUACGGAGUGGCUCAUGCAAUGGCACUGAGAGUUUAUGUCACUGAGGAUGGAGCACCCCGUCUGGUGUGGUCAGAGACAGGAAAUAAGGGCGAUAGGUGGAACUUUGCAGCAGUCACUGUGUAUAACAGAGGAGAUAUGCAGAUCGUCCUGGAGGGGAUGCGGGGUGAAGAUUUCCGCAGUGACGUAGCAGUGGAUGAUGUAUCUCUCGUAGACGGAUAUUGCCCAGGCGAUGGACCGACAACAACAGUGAGCCCCACAUCAGUCACCUCUCCCUCUUCUACAGGAACCACCACGUCACCUCCGUUGCCAAGUUCAGAGUCCUGUGUGGUGUCAGGGGACCCUCACUACUACACCUUUGAUAAACAAACCCAUCACUUCAUGGGGACCUGCGCCUACACCCUGUCCAAGCUGUGUGAUGGGAACAGCACGCUGCCCUACUUCAAUGUGGAAGCAGCGAAUGAGCACAGAGGAGGCAACGCUCGCGUGUCCUAUGUCGAAUAUGUGGAUGUUGAUGUUUAUGACGUGAGGAUAACACUAGAGAAAGGGGGAGUCGUGAAGGUAAAUGGAAAGGGAGAGAUCGUCAUCCCCUUUGCCCCAUCGUCGGGUGUGCAAAUCUCCUCCAGCGGGCUUUAUGUCGUGGUCAGCACAGACUUUGGGUUGACCGUGAAGUUUGAUGGGAACCAUCGAGUGGAAGUGACUCUUCUGAGCUCCUUUAAAGAGAAGGUUUGUGGGAUGUGUGGGAACUACAACGGGAACGCAGCAGACGACUUUCUGAAUCCAGAUGGGGUGCUGGAGGCAGACUCUACCAGCCUUGGCAACAGCUGGCAGGUCUCCAAUCACACCAGCUGUCUUCCAGGAACGGGCCAUGAUCCAGUCUGCGACGAGAGUGAUAAGCAAAUCAUUGCCAGCAGUGCUUUCUGUGGUCUCCUGACAGAUGUGAAUGGCCCAUUUAAAAAGUGCCACCGGGUGCUAGAUCCUACCAUUUACUUCAGCGGCUGCUUUUAUGACCAGUGUGAAUUGCAAAUGGAUCCUGACUCCCUCUGCAAAAGUCUGCAGUCUUACGCGGAUGCCUGUCGGUCCAGGGGAGCUGAGAUAGAUGCUUGGAGGAAUGCUACCUUCUGUCCAAUUGACUGUCCAGCCAACAGUCACUAUGAAGCAUGCACAGCAGCCUGCCCUGCCACCUGUGUCAACCCGAUGGCUCCUGCCAGCUGCAGCCUGCCGUGUGUGGAAGGAUGCGUGUGCGACAGUGGUUAUCUUCUCUACAACGAUGGCUGUGUCCCCAGCAGUCAGUGCGGGUGCUGGCACAACGGCAAACACUACCCUGUUGGCGCUGAAUUCUGGACCGAUGACACCUGCUCCUCUAAAUGCACAUGUCCCUCUCGGGGGAGCAAAGUAACCUGCUCUAACGCAGCCUGCCCAGCCGAUCAUUACUGCGGGGUUCAGAACGGGGAACCUGGCUGCUACCGUGAGACGUACGGGAUCUGCCGAGUCCACAACGACCCUCAUUACAACACGUUUGACAGAGAGACUCACCACUUCAUGGGGGUCUGCACCUACACACUGGCCAAAGUGUGCGCCAACUCCAGCUCUCUGCCUUAUUUCAACGUAGAAGCCAAGAACGAGCAUCGAGGGAACCCCACUGUGUCCUAUGUGCAGAAAGUCCUGGUGGAGGUUUAUGGACAACACAUAGAAAUUCUCAGAAACCAUCCGAGCCAAGUGCUGGUCAAUGAGGUGUUAACAACCCUUCCUGUCCGCGCAGCUGGUGGGUCAAUCACAGUGAGCAGGAGUGGACGCUACGUUAUCCUAGAGACAGAUUUCAGACUGAGGGUUUCCUAUGACACCGAUCACUCGGUGGAAGUGAAGGUGCCCACCACCUAUUUCAACAGGACCUGUGGCAUGUGCGGUAACUUUAACAAUCGGAGAGAGGAUGACUAUAUGAUGCCAGAUGGGCAGCAAGCCAAGAACUCUAAUGAGCUGGGAAACAGCUGGCGUGUCAAGGAUGACGAUCCUUCUUGUGAUGUCAUAGUCCCACCCGAUGACAUCUGCCCUGCAGACCAGGAGAACCUCUACAGAUCAGACAGAUUCUGUGGCAUGAUAACCAAGAGGCCUGGCCCCUUUGGGGUCUGCCACUCCGUGAUCAAUCCUGAGAGCAUCUUUGAGAGCUGUGUCUAUGACCUCUGUGCGCUGAAUGGGAGUGAGGCGCUCCUGUGUAGCGCUCUGGCGACCUACGCUGAUGCGUGUCGGGAAGCUGGGGUGAUGCUCCCCCCCUGGAGAAAUGCCACCUUCUGCCCUCCCACGUGCUCUGCUCCCAACAGCCACUACGAGCCUUGUAUGACUGCCUGCCCUGCCACAUGUCUGGACCGCCUCGCCCCCGAGAACUGCAGCAAGCCCUGUGUCGAGGGCUGCGCGUGUAAUUCUGGAUUCGUUCUCAGCGGAGGCACCUGUGUGCCGGAGGCCAAGUGCGGCUGUGUGUUCCAGGACAGAUACUACAGCGAAGGAGAGAGCGUCGUGACGGAGAACUGCACGAGCCGGUGUGAGUGUCUGGGAAAUGGCAACAUGACGUGCAGUGAGCUGUCUUGUGGUCCAGAUGAGAUCUGCAAGAUUCAAACUGGCCUGCGGGGAUGUUAUCCAGCCGGCACCGCUACCUGCCACAUCUACGGUGACCCACAUUACACCACCUUUGAUGGGAAACUUCACCACUUCCAGGGUGCCUGCAACUACACCGUGGUGGAGACCUGCGAUAACGCCUCUGGCAGCUUUAGGGUUACCACCCGAAAUGAACACCGGGGCAGCCCCAGCUGGACAGCCAUUAACUCCGUCGCCCUCACUCUGGAUGGCGUCCACAUUGCACUCGGGAAGAAAGGAAUUGUCUACAUUAAUGGUGCCCUGGCCUCUCUCCCUGAAACUCCUCUUCCUGGAGUGACCGUUUCACUCAUCGGACGCUACGUACAAGUUACGACCAACGUGGGCGUCCAGCUGCAGUUCAAUGGGGACCACGAGCUCUUUGUAAGAGUGACUGAGAAGUACAAAGGGAGACUGUGCGGAUUGUGUGGGACGUACACGGGGACCCAGCAGGACGACUUCAGGAGACCUGAUGGGGUCGUGGUGGCAGACGUCAAUGAAUUUGGAGCCAGCUGGAGGGUGCCUGACGACGAGUGGCCUUGCAAUUCAACUAUCGUCCCACCUGUAACGUGCACUCCCUCCGAGCAGCAGGCAGCCGAGGAACGGUGCAGAAUCCUAACGGACCGCGAGGGCCCAUUCGCACCGUGCCAUUCUGCGGUGCCAUCCGCCCUGUACUUUGAGAGCUGUGUCUAUGACCAGUGUGCCACAGGAGGAAGCUCUGAGCAGCUCUGCAAUGAUCUGGAAUCCUAUGCGGCAGCCUGUGCAGCGGCAGGAGUCGCUCUGGGAGAAUGGGCUGCAGACACUAUCUGCGAAGUCCUCACUACUUCAAGUCCAACUACAGUAGGCACCAGUCCAUCAGAGUCUACAACAGUGCAAGAUACAACCCCUGCUUCGGAGACCUCUUCGCCCCACACAAUAAGCACCACAGCAGAAGAAAGUACCACAGGAAAAUCCCCGACCACUGCAAUUCCAACUACAGUAGAGCCCUGUCAGACAGGCCGUGCCACCUGCAGUGCCUCAGGGGACCCGCAUUACUACACGUUUGACGGCAGAGUUCACCAUUUCAUGGGAAACUGCACUUACACCCUCUCCAAAGUCUGCAACGACUCCAGGGGGCUUCCACCCUUUGACGUGUCCACCACCAAUGAGCACAGGGGCUCCAAUACCAAAGUUUCCUAUGUAAAGGCAGUGCACGUGGAUGUCUAUGGAAGUCAGAUUUCCUUGCUGAAGAACAGGAAAGUGAAUGUGAAUGGCACCAGAAGGAACCUGCCUGUGGUGAUUGAAAACAAGAUCAAGGUCCAGAUCAGCGGGGGCUAUGUGCUCUUGGAAACUGAUUUCGGACUCUGGGUCAGAUUUGACGGCAAUCACUAUGUGGAGGUCGCAGUGUCCAGCUGUUACAAGGGGCAGCUCUGUGGUCUGUGUGGUAAUUACAAUGGUGAUGCAAAGGAUGACAACAUAAAGCCGAAUGGCAGCACUGCAGGAGAUUCCACUGAGCUUGGAGACAGCUGGCUAGUGGCAGAGAAUAACACCAUAUGCUCCCCUCAGCCAGUACCAGACUGUGACCCCCUGCUGGAGAGCGAAGCAAGGAAGAACACAGCCUGUGGCAUCAUCACCGACCCCGCAGGUAUCUUCAAGGACUGCCACGCCACAGUAGCUCCAGAGAAUUUCUUGGAAAACUGUGUUUACGACAUGUGUCAGACUGAGGGACAGACAGUGUCCCUAUGCAAUGGGCUGCAGGCAUAUGCAGAGUCGUGCACAAAUGCUGGGAUCUGCAGAGAAUGGAGAAAUAAUACUUUCUGCCCAAUCUCCUGUCCAGCAGGAAGCCAGUACGAGAGCUGUGGGAGCAGGUGUCCUUCCACCUGCGUGACUCCCUCUGCAUUUAGCCCUUGCAGCUCCUUACCAGUGGAAGGCUGUUUCUGUAAGGAAGGCUAUGUUCUGAGUGGAGACACCUGUGUGCCGGAGAGCAGCUGCGGUUGUGUGGAUGGAAACAACCACUAUCAUCAGUGUCUCACUGGGGAAGGAGCUCGUAGCAUGGAGAGCAUCAAAGGCAUUUAA